CCCAUCUCUCUCUCACAUCUCCAUUCUCCAUUGGCCCAAGGAAGAAGAAACCCCUCCCCCCUCUCCCCGACUCCCAAUCCGAUCCGACCAGCUACUCCUCCGGCGAGCCGCGUGAGUUCCCCCUCCACCUCCUCCUCCUCCAUCUAUUCAGCGCGUCGGGUUCGCCGAUCGGGGGCCUUCUCCAGGUGACCGACCAGGAACAGCUCAGUCUCUCGCGGGAAGGAGCGCCCAUGGCCAAGAGCUCGUUCAAGCUGGAGCACCCUCUCGAGAGGAGGCAGGCUGAGGCUAACCGUAUUAGAGAAAAGUACAGUGACAGAAUUCCUGUGAUUGUUGAGAAAGCUGAAAGAAGUGAUAUUCCUGACAUCGACAAGAAAAAGUACCUGGUCCCUGCUGAUCUAACCGUUGGGCAGUUUGUCUAUGUUGUUCGGAAGCGGAUCAAGCUCAGUCCUGAGAAAGCAAUCUUCAUCUUUGUGAAGAAUACUCUUCCACCAACAGCUGCUCUGAUGUCUGCAAUUUACGAGGAGAACAAGGAUGAGGAUGGUUUCCUCUAUAUGACUUACAGUGGUGAGAACACCUUUGGGCUGCCCUAGGUGGUGCAACUGCAAUCACUCAACUCCUGUAAAUAAAGACUUGCCACACAAAGUGUAUAUUCUUGUUUACCUUGUGGCAAAUCUUUAGCACAUUCUAAUACCAAAAUCCUACUAUCAUAUCAUAUACUCUGAACAUACAUACGCUACUUAAUAAUACUAAGUGAUGGGCUCCGAAACGGUCCGUUUCUGGUUUA